GGGAGCGAGGGCAGGGAAAGGGAACCCACGGAGGCAGAGCCGCGGGGCAGGUUGGUGGGCGGCAGAGCCGAGGGCCACAUCUCCCUCCUGGUGACAGCCGGAGGAGGAGAAACGGAAGAGUAAACCGAAGAAUCGGCCAACCCAGAUCGUUGGGGACAAAAAGAAAAAAAAACCUGUGGGGAAUCCUACGACGAUGCUCGCAAGGAAACGGGAAGGGAGCAGCGUUUGACAAGGGUCGGGAGAGAGGGAUGCUCUUCUCUGAAGGAAAACUAAUACAGAGUAAUGAUUUUCGGCAGAGUCUAAGAACCCUCAUUGACUAUAUUCCUCCAUAAUAAUGUCAGGAAGCUAUACUCCCUCCACUGGUGGGCCCUUCUCUGCUCUUACUCCCAGCAUAUGGCCUCAAGAGAUUUUGGCAAAAUAUGCUCAGAAAGAAGAAUCUGUUGAACAGCCAGAGAUCCAAUAUGAUGAAUUUGGUUUCCGAGUUGGCAAUGAAGAUAGUGCAGAGCCACCCAGCAAACUUUUGGGGAUCUCACUGAUUGAAGAGCCACAGCAGAGACUGAAAUGGCAAGCCCAUCUGGAGUUCACACACAAUCAUGAUGUGGGAGACCUCACGUGGGAUAAAAUUGAAGUCACACUUCCACAUUCAGACAAGCUACGUUCUCUGGUUUUGGCCGGCAUUCCUCACAGUAUGAGGCCCCAGUUGUGGAUGAGACUAUCGGGUGCACUACUGAAAAAGAGAAAUUCAGAAAUGUCUUACCGAGAAAUUGUGAAAAACAGCUCCAAUGAUGAAACGAUUGCUGCUAAACAGAUUGAAAAGGAUUUACUCCGCACCAUGCCCAGCAAUGCCUGUUUCUCCAACAUGAAUAGCAUUGGAGUACCACGGUUACGCAGAAUAUUACGUGGAUUGGCUUGGUUAUAUCCUGAAAUUGGGUACUGUCAAGGCACUGGCAUGGUAGUGGCUUCCUUGCUUCUCUUCUUAGAAGAGGAAGAUGCCUUCUGGAUGAUGUGUGCUAUCAUUGAAGAUAUGGUGCCAGCCUCCUACUUCAGUACCACCUUGAUGGGGGUCCAGACUGAUCAACGGGUCCUGCGUCAUCUCAUUGUGCAAUACCUGCCACAGCUGGACAAACUUCUUCAGGAACAUGACAUUGAGCUCUCCCUCAUUACCCUACAUUGGUUUCUUACAUCAUUUGCUAGUGUGGUGCACAUCAAGUUGUUGCUGCGUAUCUGGGACUAUUUCUUCUACCAAGGCUCCAUUGUUCUCUUUCAGGUUACAUUGGGUAUGCUCAGUUUGAAGGAAGAGGAACUCACUCAGUCUGAGAACUCUGCAUCUAUCUUCAACACCCUCUCGGAUAUCCCAUCUCAGAUUGAAGAUCCAGAUGUGCUCUUACAGGAAGCCAUACGUGUGGCUGGCUCACUGACAGAUAUAGUAGUAGAAACUCAGCGUUGCAAGCACCUCGCUUACCUCAUUGCAGACCAAGGGCAGCUACUCAGCCCUGGUGCUACAGUAAACCUAUCAAAGAUUGUGCGACGCAGAACACAGCGUAGGAAGUCUGGAAUCACAUCACUCCUUUUUGGAGAAGAUGAUAUGGAGGCACUGAAAGCCAAAAAUAUUAAGCAAACAGAGCUAGUUGAAGACUUGCGUGAGGCCAUCUUACAAGUGGCUCAGCAUUUCCAGUGUGUGGAUCCCAAGAGUUGCAGCAUAGACUUGACUCCAGAUUAUACCAUGGAAAGCCACCAGCGAGACCAUGAAAGCUAUGUUGCGUGUUCCCGUAACCAGCGGCGACGUGCCAAGGCAUUGUUGGAUUUUGAACGUCAUGAUGAUGAUGAACUAGGUUUCCGCAAGAAUGAUAUCAUCACGAUUAUAUCCCAAAAAGAUGAACACUGUUGGGUGGGUGAGCUGAAUGGCUUGAGAGGUUGGUUUCCUGCAAAAUUUGUAGAGAUCCUGGAUGAACGGAGCAAAGAGUACUCUGUUGCUGGAGACGAUUCAGUUACAGAAGCGAUCACGGACUUGGUUCGAGGGACCCUCUGCCCAGCCCUCAAGGCUAUAUUUGAACAGGGACUGAAGAAACCAUCUCUGCUGGGUGGUGCUUGUCACCCCUGGCUCUUCAUUGAAGAGGCUGCUGGGCGUGAGGUAGAGCGAGAUUUUGACUCUGUGUAUUCUCGUCUUGUACUCUGCAAAACCUACAGGUUAGAUGAAGAUGGAAAAGUGCUUACUCCAGAAGAACUUCUUUAUCGAGCAGUACAGUCUGUGAAUAUGUCACAUGAUGCUGCACAUGCUCAGAUGGAUGUAAAACUUCGUUCUCUCAUCUGUAUCGGAUUGAAUGAGCAGGUGCUGCACCUGUGGCUUGAGGUUCUUUGCUCAAGUCUGCAGACAGUGGAGAAAUGGUUCCAUCCAUGGUCAUUUCUGCGAAGUCCUGGCUGGGUACAGAUCAAGUGUGAGCUCAGGGUCCUCAGUAAAUUUGCAUUCAGCCUUUCUCAGGACUGGGAACUCCCAACAAAAAGAGAGGAUAAGGAGAAGAAACCACUAAAGGAAGGUGUUCAGGACAUGCUUGUGAAACAUCAUCUCUUCAGCUGGGACAUAGAUGGGCCGAUGGAAGCGCAUAGCAUCGUGCAAGUGCAAAUGCUUUUUGAUGGUUUGCUGAUUCCAACUAAGAUAGCUGGCAGGAGCAACAACACAUCUAGUGGCAUCUGGAGCCAGAAACAGCGGAGCUUUCCCUAAGUCCGCCUGCCUCUCGAUGUCCUCCACCCUUUGUCACAAGGUUUGUCUUCUUAGAUCAUAGUCCAUCUUGAGUAUUAACGUUGGGGAGAAAUCUAAUUUGGCAAAGUUGGACUCGAUAGCCUUGAUCCAUGCUGAAGAGAAUUUGUCUUGGAGGAUUAACGGAGCAAGACCUUGCAGAAAGAAGUUAAGCUUUAGCCAGAGAUUUAAGGACGCUAUACAGAUUCUUGCUUCGACUUUUAUCAAUCCUGUCUCCAGGCGCAGAAGUGCAUUUGAGACACACGUGGCAUCUGGAGAAUUGAUCUAAUGAAUUUGAAUUGAACUAUUUCUAAUGAUGUAAAAUAUGAAGCUGACGGUCCAAGCAAGGUCCCAUAAAGGAGCUGAGCUAGCGACAUGGCCACAAAAAGUUUAAUAGCAGCAGGGACACAGUAUCGUCUCUUUGUGCAGAAAAAUUUAAGAAUGGUGCUCGCUGAUCUUUGGGCCAAGGCAGCUGCAUAUUCUCCAUGUGCUUUUCUUGAACCAUUGGCCUGAAUGACCACCUCCAGGUAUUUGAAAGUGGUUACCUGCUCUAUUUUGUGGUCCUUUAGAUACCAUGAAUAAAGUUUUGGCCUUUUACAAUCUUUGUUU